GGGGCGCAUAACGCCGGCUACCUUCGGCCCGGAGCGCGGCCUUCCCAGCUUUCCAGCUUCCCAGCCCGUCGCGGAAUUGGCAGGCUCGAUGCAGCUCCUCUCCGAUUGCACGACCAAAAUGCGAGUGACGACACAAGGUGGGCAAUCGAUGCCUGGCCCGGCCGAGGAACCGGUGCUCCGCAUUCGCGGAAUGGGCUUUUAUUUUUUAUUCGACUGCCCUCUCUGCAUCUUCCGUCCUCCAAUUGCUUCCCGGUUCUCCAACUUGACGUCCCUCCUCCUCCGUCUUUUCCUUCCGUCGAGACCCGACUCUGCCUUAAUCUUGCAAUCGACUCGACCUGCCGCAAAAUGCCCAUCACCAACUUCGACUUCAAAGAGAAAUACCAAUACCAAAAUGGCUUCGGUUGCUACUUCGAAACCGAAGCCGUCCCCGGCGCCCUCCCGAUCGGCCAGAACUCCCCGCAGAAACCCCCGCUAGGCCUCUACGCCGAGAAGCUGUCCGGCACGGCCUUCACCGCGCCGCGGCACGAGAACAAGCAGUCGUGGCUCUAUCGCAUCCUGCCCGCCUGCACGCACCCGCCCUUCGCCCCGGCCCCGGCCCCGAACGAGUCGCUCGGCCUCGGCGGCGAACCGUUCCGCCGGCUGCGCCACAUCCCGAACCAGCUGCGCUGGGACCCGUUCGACCGCGAGCCCGACGCCGACUUCGUCUCGGGCCUGCACCUGCUGGCCGGCGCGGGCGACCCGACGGUGAAGCAGGGCUGCGCCGUGUACGUGUUCGCCGCCGGCAGGUCCAUGGCCGAGCGCGAGGCCUUCUACUCGGCCGACGGCGAGCUGCUGCUGGUGCCGCAGGAGGGCGUGCUGGACAUUCGGACCGAGAUGGGCUGGCUGCUGGUGCGUCCGAUGGAGAUCUGCGUGAUCCCGCGCGGCGUGCGCUACCAGGUGCGCCUGCCGGCCGGCCCCGCGCGGGGGUACGCGCUCGAGGUGUUCCAGGGCCGGUUCGUCCUGCCGGAGCUGGGGCCCAUCGGGUCCAACGGGCUGGCGAACGCGCGGGACUUCCAGGCGCCGGUGGCGAGCUUCGACGAGGACUGCGGCGCGACCGCGUCCGACGGGCCGAACGAGUACGUCGUCACGGCCAAGUUCAACAACGCGCUGUUCCGGACGACGCAGCGGCAUACGCCGUUCGACGUGGUGGCCUGGCAUGGGAACUACUACCCAUACAAGUACGACCUCGGCCGGUUCAACACGAUCGGCUCCAUCUCGUUCGACCACCCGGACCCGAGCAUCUUCACGGUCCUCUCGGCGCCGUCGGACCACCCCGGCACGUCCGUCGCCGACUUCGUCAUCUUCCCGCCGCGCUGGCUGGUGGGCGAGGACACCUUCCGCCCGCCGUGGUAUCACCGCAACACCAUGAGCGAGUUCAUGGGCCUGAUCCGGGGCGACUACGACGCCAAGAAGGGCGGCAAGGGCGGCUUCGUGCCGGGCGGCGCGAGCCUGCACAACGUCAUGAGCGGGCACGGGCCCGACGUGGACAGCUACGAGGGCGCCAGGAACGCGGAGCUCAAGCCGGCCAAGGUCGGCGAGGGCAGCUGCGCCUUCAUGUUUGAGAGCUCUCUGAUGCUGGGUGUCACCGACUGGGGGCUGAAGACGUGCCAGAAGGUGCAGGAGACGUACAGCGAGCACAGCUGGGGCGGCGUCAAGGUUCACUGGAAGGGGGGCAGUGCGUAAAGCCGGCGGGUGAAUCCGGGGAUUGAACUGACUAUCACUAUUCCGUACUAUUCGAUGUUUAGAUAUCGGGUAAGCCGCCGGGUUGUUCUGCUUUCCGCCUCUCUGAAGCUUGAGAAGCCCACCGUGAUUUGAUAACCUGUCAAUGUAGCUCAUGCAUCCACCGCCCCGAUGUCCUGGAUACAUUCGGUUAGGUAACCGUCUCUGCCUCCAUGUCAAGCCCUCACCCGAGGAGUUCCCCAGCGUCUGGCCCUGAAUCAUGCCACUUGUGGCGAUCUAGCACAAAUGCAAGCACACAUACACACACUCUCUCUCCAAUGCUCGCUCCGCCAUGCGCAUGGCCCUCUCCAUGGUCGGCUCAAUGC